AUGGAUUCUUCAAGAUCAUCUUUAUGUAAUCAACAACCACAAUUCUCUCUAGCAGCCCCGCCAAGAACUCCAAACAGAACGCAACAGGUUGGACAAGGGAUCGAAUCGUCAGCAUAUCGAAAAUUUUUACUCGAAAAGCGAAAAAGUUUUCGGCAAAGGGGAAGCUUGGGUCCAACGAUUGCCUCAGCUCCAUCAGUUGAACACGAAGAUUAUCGAACACCACGACCAUGUGACACAAAAAAUGGGAAAAGUUUCGAUUUCGGUGGAAAUGUUCAUCCGUCUGGAUCAACUUCUUCAGACAAUGCCUUUGUCAAGGUGAGCGCCGAUUUUCUGCGGUUGAACGGCUCACGGCAACAAUUCCGAAAUCUGCUCUCGGCGAGGAAAAAGCUUGGACAAAUGCCUCCAGCGUACACACGAGUCGAUUGCUCCAGAGACUCGUUGGAUAGUCAACCCUUUCGACCCGGUCAUCAUGGACCGGUAAUCACCGUUGAAGACACCGGCUCUCAAUUGAAAAUUAAUCGUGGUAAAGCGUCAAUAACGUCCUCAAUUUUGGAUUCGACAAAAUCCUCAUUUGAUAGAGGUAACAAUAUAACAUUUGUUGAAACAGGAAAUGGAUCUGUUUGUGGAAAUCACUCGAAUUUUAAUUUAAGGAGAAACAAUAGCAGAUAUGGUGUCCCGAUCAACAGCUCUGCUGUCAAACUUAUUUAUCGUGUGAGAGCAGAAAGAUUAAACAAUCGAGUUCGAAUCGUUGAUCGGGCGCUGACUUUGGCGAUGAUUGGAGUUGUUUUGAUGAUUAUUGAAUCAGAAAUCACUGGACAGCAUCUAUUCGGGAUUUCAAAAGAACAUGUGAUCUCGCUGGUGAUGCGAAGCUUCGUAGUAUUGACAACGGUGGCUUUACUCUUUCACAUUCUCUUGUAUCAUAUCAAUGAGAUUGUGCUAGAUCUUGUUGAUUGUGGAGCGGACGAUUGGAGAGUGGUGAUGACAACCGGGAGAAUCGCUCAAUUCGUUGUCGAGUUCUCCGUUUGCGCGAUUUGUCCUAUACCUGGAACCGGUCACCUCAAAUGGGCCUACAUUGAAACGAGUCGGAACCCAGUUUUUCAAGCGGAUGGGCAACAACCGAGUAAUGGCUUUGCAAUGCACGAGGUACCAGUCGAUGUAAUUCUUUCUCUUUUGAUGCUCUUUCGUUCCUACCUUCUUGCGAGAUUUAUGGUGCUACACAGCAAACAAUUUCAGGAUGCUUCCACAAGAACACUAGCUGCUUUGAAUCGAAUCCAAGUAAACUUCUCCUUUGUGAUGAAAACUCUUCUCGAUCAACAACCAAUCUUUUUCCUUACUUGUUUUACUCUUGUUUUUUGGAUUCUCACUUCAUGGACUUUUGUCCAAUGUGAACGAUAUGGAAAUAAAGAACAAGCUGAAGUGCCCUCAAUCAUGUACUCAAAUGCGUUAUGGUUUAUUGCUAUCACAUUUAUGUUGAAUGGUUAUGGAGACAUUGUGCCUCAAACGCAUGCCGGAAGAAUUAUCGCCAUAUUUGUCGGAGUUGUGGGAGCCAUCAUUUCCUCAAUUCUGAUAGCAGUCAUUUCUCGGAACAUCCUCCUUUCGCAAGGACAACGAAAUGUGAACAAUUUCAUGAAUGAUUCGAAGUUGACAAGAGAACAUAAGCAUGCUGCAGCAAGGGUUCUCCAACACACUUGGUACAUUCAUAAAUGUUUGCAAUCAAGUGAACCAAGUGCCGAUGGUAUGCUGAGAUUUCAUCAACGCCGAUUUUUACACGCUAUACAUAGAUUCCGGUCAAUCAAGAAUGAGAUCCGCGUCUUUGGCGAAAACAACUCAGCUAACACUCAACAAGUGACAAGAUUAGUCGCUGAAAUGCACAGCUCGAUGCAGAAACUUUUGUCGGCUCAUGAGGAGAUGAGAGCUCAGAUUGAAGUCUUACAGAGAGCCGUCAGAAAUCAUUAUGCUCAUCACGGGAAUUGCUCAUCACGUGUCGUGUUCUUCGAGGAAAACCCAGCUGUCGAAGGAGCUGAAUCAACAACCGAUCAAACAUACUCUCAUCAAGUAACCUCAAGUAAUGGAAGUCCUGGCCGAUCUGACAGCUAUUCUCGGAAAGCUCGUCGUGCCUUCACCGUUGACUCAAAUUUCCUA